CGUGGGCCCACUCAAUGAGAGGGCUGGUUGUUGUGCUGCAGUUGGCAGGCUGCUGCGGGAGGCGGUGGCGGCAGGAAGCCUGAGGCUGCGGGGUGACAGAGUUGGAACAUAUUUAACUCUCAACAAAUGAAUUCCACACUUGAACUCUGCUGCAUUCCUGUGCCGCCUCCUCCUUUAAAAAACUGAUCUUAAGACAGGUAAAAUUAUGACCUUAACUUUUUAAGAGAUGAAGAAUAAAUUUCCCAUAUGAUUAAGCAUGUUAAGAAUUUUUGGUAACCUUUGAUAAAAGAAGAAUAGAAGGAAGAUGCUGGGAUCGGAGCGAGCUGUUGUAGAAGAAUGGUUGUCAGAGUUCAAGGCAUUACCUGACACUCAGAUCACCAGUUAUGCAGCAACUUUACAUCGGAAAAAAGCUCUUGUACCAGCACUCUAUAAAGUUAUCCAAGAUUCAAACAAUGAGCUGCUGGAGCCUGUCUGCCACCAACUGUUUGAGCUCUAUCGUAGCUCUGAAGUCCGACUCAAGAGGUUCACACUGCAGUUCCUGCCUGAGCUGAUGUGGGUUUAUUUGCGACUUACAGUUAGUAGAGACAGACAGAGUAAUGGCUGCAUUGAGGCACUUCUCCUAGGAAUUUAUAAUUUGGAAAUUGCUGAUAAAGAUGGAAACAAUAAAGUGCUGUCUUUCACUAUCCCUUCCUUAUCCAAGCCUUCAAUAUACCAUGAACCCUCAACAAUUGGAUCCAUGGCUUUAACAGAAGGGGCAUUAUGUCAGCAUGAUCUCAUCAGGGUUGUAUACAGUGACCUUCAUCCUCAGAGAGAAACAUUCACUGCACAAAACCGGUUCGAAGUCUUGAGUUUUCUCAUGCUAUGCUAUAAUUCAGCUAUUGUGUAUAUGCCUGCCUCAUCUUACCAAUCUCUUUGUCGAAUGGGUUCCAGGGUUUGUGUGAGUGGGUUUCCAAGGCAACAUGAGAAACAGUGGAAGGAAAUCUGUGGUCGAAUAGUAUUAGAUCCUGAAUUUAUGGUGCAACUUCUCACAGGAGUUUACUAUGCCAUGUAUAAUGGACAGUGGGACGUUGGCCAGGAAGUACUUGAUGACAUCAUUUAUAGAGCUCAGCUAGAGCUCUUCUCUCAGCCACUCCUGGUUGCCAAUGCCAUGAAGAACUCAUUACCAUUUGAUGCACCUGAUUCUUCACAAGAAGGCCAGAAAGUACUUAAAGUAGAAGUUACUCCAACAGUGCCGAGGAUUUCUCGGACUGCAAUUACAACCGCUUCAAUCCGUCGCCAUAGAUGGAGAAGAGAAGAUGGCUUUGACUUCUCAAACGAGGCUGACUCGAGUAUUCCUGGCUCCCCGAUCCAACACGGCUCCACUGACCUAGGGAUCAAACGUGUGCAAGAGGGGGAGGUGCGCAGGACCCCUGAGCAUGGCUCGCCGGAGCCCAACUCAGCAGCAGCCACAACAGAGGGGGCUGAGGGUCUAAAUGGAGGAGAGGAGUCUUUAAACAUGAAUGAUGCAGAUGAAGGAUUUUCGUCAGGGGCUUCUCUCAGCAGCCAACCACAUGGGACCAAACCAUCCUCUUCUUCUCAGAGGGGAAGCUUACGGAAAGUAGCGACUGGGCGCUCUGCCAAAGAUAAAGAAACAGCAUCUGCCAUCAAAUCCAGUGAGAGCCCUCGAGAUUCAGUAGUUCGCAAGCAGUUUGUACAAGCAGCCGAUCUUAGCAUAGAUUCGGUAGAGCUGACACCGAUGAAGAAACACCUGAGCCUGCCUGCUGGCCAGGUGGUGCCAAAAACCAAUAGUUUAAGUCUAAUUCGGACAGCCAGUGCUUCCUCAAGUAAAUCAUUUGACUAUGUAAAUGGCAGUCAAGCAAGUACCAGCAUUGGGGUUGGCACUGAGGGAGUUACUAAUCUAGCAGCUACAAAUGCUAAUCGAUAUUCAACUAUCAGUCUACAAGAAGACCGGCUAGGUCAUGUUGGUGAAGGAAAAGAGCUCCUCAGCCCAGGAGCCCCCUUAACCAAGCAGUCUCGAUCCCCAAGUUUCAAUAUGCAGCUAAUAUCCCAGGUGUAGUUUUGAUGUCCCUUUAUUCUGCUUACCUUUUAAACUGAACAUUUCAUUGUGCAAGACACUUCAUCCCACAUUGUGAAAAAAAAAAAUGUCAUUGUAAUCAGAUCUGAUUUAGCUUAGGUAUCUUCAUACUGUAUUUUGUAUGGAAACAGCAAUAAGGUUUUCUUUUUCCCUUUAACCUCUCUCCAACUAUUCCUUGUAAAUGUGUUUGUGAAGCAGUGUGAAAUGUUUGCCUUUUCCACACCUUCCUUUUUCCUUGGGUAAUGUGCAAUCCAUUGUAGGCUGAUCGGUCCCAUUUCAGCACUGUGAGACUGAGGAGAUGUUAGAGGAAAUGGUGUAUAUGAUCCCUAUGAAGUGAUUCUUUGGCUUUUGUUAUAAACAAAACGGGUUUGUUCACAUAAUCUAUGGAACUAUGAAGAUAACUGGAUCAUUUUUUUUUCUUUCUUAACCAGGAGUGCCUCAGAGAUUCUGCUAUGACUUUGAACUUCUCUGAGUCUGUGCAAGUUUAUAUUCUUGAGAAGCAAGGGGGAAGGUGGUAGACUCCUGCAAUUUUUCAUUAAAAUGAGGCUAGCUACCCCCUUCCUUUAUCCCAAGGAUAUAAAUGUUUAAUUAUUGAGGCAUUUAAAUCAACUUGUGAUCACCUCCAUUGGAGGGUGGGGCUCAAGUUGAUUGUGUAAUUGAUAAUGCACUUUCUCAAUGGCUCUCUAGUCAUUAACAAUAUGUCUUCCCUCUUCCCACAAGAACUUAAGGACAUUUCUGCCCUUAAAGUUUGAACUAACAAAUCAGAAACUCCAAGGAGCAUGUUCUAUUUCCUAGGAAUGAUUGACACUUUGGUGCUGGGGUUUUGUGGGAAAGGGUGUUCUUUGUUUAGUUUGUGUGAGAUUGUAUGUGAGGUGAAACAAAUUGUUAUCUUUUUUUCCCUUUGUGAGUUGAUGAUGACUGAAGUAGAAACUGUACGUCUUCAGGUAAAGAGAGGGAUUUCUCAGUCCACUUUUUGUGAUGUCAGACUAUUGGAGAAACCCUUUCAGCUGCUUCCUAGAUGUACCUAAAUUCAGUCAGAUAUUGGAUAAAGACACCUGAAGUCCUGAGAUCAUAUACUCCAAGGAAAUACAUCAGGGACAGAUAAUUGGUUGAAAACACUGACACAUUUUUAUAGAACAUUUCUACCAGAGGGUACUGACUUGAUUUCUCCACAAGGAACACACUGCCUUUGAGUUUAAUGCAAUUUGUGUAUCUUCUGAUUAUCUGCAAAGGUUCUCAUUUUUAUAAAACUUUGAAAUCAUGCCAGUAAGCUAGAUAUUGAAUGUAGUAAGUAGCAUUUGGUAACUGCUAAGAGGCUACAAAAAUGCAUUAUUGGUAUAAAUUUGUUUUGUUGUGAUUUGGUUGGAUAAGACUUUCUUAAAAUCUCUUCUGGGUGUCAGGCCUUGUUUGAAAAAUAAGGGAAUAUAUUUGGAUUUUGAAAAUCAGUAUUGUGACUUUAACUGCUGUCCAUCUCAAAAACAUCAGUUACCCAUGCCCUUGUACAUGUAGGCAUUUAUGUAUUAUUGUGAAAGAAAAAUAUACUGCCUUCAUUGAAAGCAAGUGUUCUCUUAAUUGACAAAGUUGUUUUAUCUCUAUUUACAGUAGAAUUUGGUAAAUUAACCAGGAAAAUGCCUCUCAUUUUUUUCACACAUAAACCACCACCACUUUUGGAAGA